AGACUACCUCCGGUAAUAUAUGCUCUAAGCCUAAACGAAUUCACUUUCACCCAGAGUGCUUCCAUCAUUUUUACACAACACAACUAUCUGAACCGCAUCUGUUUUAUCUAUGCUCGAAGGCGUUGACGUUGUUCUCGUUUCCGCAAAUGCGUGAUUAGAAAGAAUGAGGUAAAAUAGUUUGAGUUGCAGUUCGUAAACAUUGUGGUUGUAAGUUGUAAGCAGACUGAAUUAACGUCGGUUAAGUUCACGGUUGAUUCUUUUAAGCCGUAGGAAUAGUAUUCUUUCAUAAACUACAAAUCUUCUGCGGUAUCUGCAGAGUAACAUGCAAACUCAAGAAGCAGAGGGGAAUGAUGGAUCUCCAUGGAACAAUUCGAGUGGAUGUGAAGAAGAUCGAAAAGGAAAUCCAAAAGAGAAAAAGUCCAACGUUUUGCCACUAUGGGGCAACGAAAGAUCUAUGAACUUGAAUCCUUUGAUAUUGACAAACAUACAGUCGUCGCAUUACUUCAAAGUAAACUUGUACGAGCUGAAAACCUAUCAUGAAGUUAUCGACGAAAUUUAUUACAAAGUAAUGCAUCUGGAACCAUGGGAAAAAGGAAGUCGAAAGACAGCAGGCCAGACCGGCAUGUGUGGAGGCGUUAGAGGCGUUGGAGCAGGAGGUAUAGUAUCGACGGCUUACUGUCUUCUGUACAAACUAUUUACGCUACGAUUAACGAGGAAACAAUUGAACGGGCUCAUCAAUCAUCCAGACUCCCCGUACAUUCGUGCCCUUGGUUUCAUGUAUAUCAGAUACACCCAACCACCAGCUGAUCUGUUCAGUUGGUAUGAUGAAUACCUGGAAGAUGCCGAGGAAAUUGACGUCAAAGCAGGAGGUGGUCAAGUGAUGAAGAUGGGUGAUAUAUUGAAACAGUUUUUAACCAAGCUUGAAUGGUUCUCAACGCUUUUCCCACGGAUACCUGUGCCAAUACAAAAAGACUUGGAACAAAAGCUAGGGGAAAGGUUUCCGCAACAAACUGUGAACACGCGUAACGCUAAGCCACCCAUAACACUGAAUAAUCAUGGAAAGUACAAUAGUAAUAAUAGUAAUAGGAAAGACAACAGAGGUGGAUGUACAAUGGUACGAAAUCAACAACCUAGACACAUACCAGAUAAUGAGGCACAGUGGGGAGAGGCUGAAAGAGCGAGCCACUGGCGAGCCAGGUCUAAUGAGGAACGCCGAGAAGACCGUAAAGAUAGGUAUCGAGAUAAAGAAAGGGAGAGAGAGCGGGAGCGGGAGCGACCGAGAGAGCGAGAGAGAGAUAGGGAACGAGAAAGGCACAGUAGACGUUCUACCAGCAGGGAGCGAUCUUUCAGAAAACAGAAGGACCAAAGGAGUCGCAGCAGGGAUCGACAUCACAGAGAAAGAAGUCGUGACCGUCACAGGCACAGGGAUAGGCGGAGUUCACCUUAUGAUUAUGCAACUGAGCUUGCUAGGGAGAAGGAAAGGCAACGAAGAGAUUAAUGUUACAAGCCCUUAUUGGAUUUAAUAUAAAUUUGUUUGUACGAAUUUAAUGGUUAUGAGAAUUAUAACCGAGCCACUUCUACAAUAUUCUUACUGUAGCUACCGAGUUCGGAAAUUAUACUCUGUUUAUGCAACUUUCUCCGCAGGCUAAUUGGCAAAAAUAAAUGAUAUUUUCGAACUGUGGAGAAUAUUUCAAUCCUGCAUAUUAUUCAAAUAUGCAGAUGAUGUUCCAGCGAAACCUAACGGAUUAUUCUGGAAUUGUGUAGUUUGGAAAUUGCUAAUUUACAGAUUAACUCCCGGAUCAAAAAUUACAUAUCUAACGAAGAUGUGAUGGUUACAAUCAAAAUUCUUCAGUAUGUUCGUUUUGGAAUCUACACCACCCAACCAAGCAUCAAGAAACUGAAUGAGUUAUCUGAUUAUUGAUCAUUCUUGACCAAGUUUAGUACAUGAAUUUUUUUGGAAUUUGCGACUUCGUAAAAACUUCGCUAUCAUUUCGGUUGUCAUUAAUUCGUUAAUUCAGAGCAUGAAACGCGCUUGGACUAGAAAUAUUUCCAAACACUGCAGUGUGUUUGGAGUGUAAUUUCCAACCCAGCUCCUACUAAUUACCAUACCAACAAAAUUGGUAUUAGCCUAAAUUAGUUGUAAUAUAUCCACAAUGUAGUUCAACUUGUUUUGUAUGAAAUAAAAUUGACGUAAAUGAAGAAUU